AUGACGGAGGUGGCGAGAACAGUGGUUCAUGAGGUUUUAGGAGAUGGAAUCAUCGACGUCGAUGAACCAAUUGUCAGUUACAUCGUUAACGUCCUCGCCGACGAGGAUUUCGAUUUUGGACUCGACGGCGAAGGCGCCUUCGAUGCUCUCGGAGAUCUCCUCGUUGCGGCCGGAUGUGUCCCCGACUUCUCCGAGUGUCGCUCCGUAUGCAGCACACUUUCUGACAGAUUUGGGAAGCACGGGUUGGUGAAGGCGAAGCCAACAGUACGAAGCCUUGCCGCGCCUUUUCGUAUGAACGAGGGAUUAGACGACGGUGAAGCUCCGAAGAGGAAGCCGGAGCCUGUUGACGGUCCUCUCUUAUCUGAACGUGAUAAAUUAAAGAUCGAAAGGAGAAAGAGGAAAGACGAACGCCAGAGAGAGGCAAAGUUCCAAUUGCAUUUGGCGGAGAUGGAAGCGGUGAGAGCAGGGAUGCCUGUUGCGUGUGUGAAGCACGAGAGCGGUGGUGGACACACUGUGAAGGAUAUUCAUAUGGAUAAUUUCACUAUCUCUGUUGGUGGCCAUGAUCUCAUCGUUGAUGGUUCUGUUACACUCUCAUUUGGAAGACACUACGGGCUUGUUGGCAGAAAUGGGACGGGAAAAACAACUUUCCUAAGGCAUAUGGCCAUGCAUGCCAUAGAUGGCAUUCCCAGGAAUUGUCAGAUAUUGCACGUUGAGCAAGAAGUUGUUGGUGAUAAUACAUCCGCCUUACAAUGUGUUCUUAAUACUGAUAUUGAAAGAGCCCAGCUUCUGGAGGAAGAAGCUCAAUUAAUAGCCAAACAGAGAGAAUCGGAGGACAGUACCGAAAAGGGCAAUGAUGCAAAUGGAGGUGUGAAAGGAGAUGCUAUUUCACAAAGACUUGAGCAAAUAUACAAGCGGCUUGAGUUAAUUGAUGCUGAUGCUGCCGAGUCACGAGCAGCAUCUAUACUUGCGGGUCUGAGUUUCUCUCCUGAGAUGCAGAAGAAGGCAACAAAAACAUUUUCUGGAGGGUGGAGGAUGCGUAUAGCUCUUGCUCGUGCGCUGUUUAUAGAGCCUGAUAUGCUGCUUCUUGAUGAGCCUACGAACCAUCUUGAUCUUCACGCUGUCUUAUGGCUUGAAUCGUACUUGGUUAAAUGGCCAAAAACAUUUAUUGUUGUUUCUCAUGCUAGAGAAUUUUUAAACACGGUAGUUACUGAUAUAAUUCACUUACAAAACCAAAAGCUAACCACUUAUAAAGGGAAUUAUGAUACAUUUGAGAGGACUCGAGAAGAGCAGAUUAAAAACCAACAAAAAGCAGUAGAGGCACAUGAGCGCUCAAGAGCUCAUAUGCAGACCUUCAUUGACAAGUUUCGUUAUAAUGCUAAGAGGGCAUCACUUGUUCAAUCUAGAAUCAAGGCUCUGGAUCGAUUGGGCCAUGUAGAUGCAAUUAUUAAUGAUCCUGACUACAAGUUUGAGUUCCCAACUCCUGAUGAUAGACCAGGCGCACCUAUAAUAAGUUUCAGUGAUGCAUCAUUUGGUUAUCCUGGAGGACCCAUUCUAUUUAGGAAUUUGAACUUUGGGAUUGAUCUUGACAGCCGUAUUGCAAUGGUUGGACCGAAUGGUAUUGGUAAAUCUACUAUACUUAAGUUAAUUGCUGGGGAACUACAGCCAAGUUCUGGGACUGUCUUCCGUUCUGCCAAGGUUCGUAUAGCAGUUUUCAGUCAGCACCAUGUUGACGGACUUGACUUAUCCUCAAAUCCUCUUCUCUAUAUGAUGCGCUGCUAUCCUGGAGUUCCAGAGCAGAAACUUCGUGGUCACUUGGGUUCUUUUGGUGUAACCGGAAAUCUUGCACUUCAACCCAUGUAUACUUUGUCAGGUGGUCAGAAAAGUAGAGUUGCCUUUGCAAAGAUAACUUUUAAGAAGCCACACAUAAUAUUGCUUGAUGAGCCAUCCAAUCAUCUGGACUUGGAUGCUGUUGAGGCGCUGAUUCAAGGUCUUGUGCUGUUCCAAGGAGGCAUUCUCAUGGUGAGUCACGAUGAGCAUCUCAUCUCUGGUAGCGUGGAGGAGCUGUGGAUUGUAUCCGAGGGAAGAGUAGCACCAUUCCAUGGCUCCUUCGGAGAGUAUAAGAGGAUACUUCAUUCAUCUUAG